AUGUCGGUUCGACAGACGAGGCGCCAGGCCGCCCAGGCUGCCGCUGCUGCUGCUGCUACCGAAUCGCCCAAAAUCGCAACCGAGGAGACGACUGAACAGGUUACGAUGAAUGGCAAUGGCGGCGGGUCAGCGCUUACGGAAGCCUCGGAAAACGCCCCUAAAGAAAAUAUCUUUCUUUUCUGGCCUAACAUCAUCGGCUACUCGCGUAUCGUCCUUGCCGUCGCCUCCCUCUACUACAUGCCUCUCCACCCCCGAACCUGCUCCCUGCUAUACAGCGUAUCUUGUCUUCUAGAUGCCCUCGAUGGAUAUGCCGCGCGCGCUUUCGAACAGUCGACGCGCUUCGGCGCUGUUCUCGAUAUGGUUACCGACAGAUGUACCACUUCAUGCCUCUUGGUAUUCUUGUCUUGCGCGUUUCCCCGCUGGACCAUUGUCUUCCAGAUGCUUCUCUCGCUCGAUUUUUCUAGCCACUACGUCCACAUGUACGCUACCCUUACUAUGGGAGGCUCAGAUAAUAGCCACAAGAACGUCGACAAGAGCAGGAGCUGGCUCUUGAACUUGUACUACACGAACAAGACAGUUCUCUUCGUGUUCUGCGCCCUCAAUGAGCUUUUCUUCAUUGCGCUCUACCUGCUGUCUUUCUCCUCACCUCUCCUCUCGCCGUCUCUGCUCAGCACUGUCUCCAACUCGGAUGCCGCUCAGAUCCAGGCCGGUGCGCAGGUCAACACGUCUCUACUUAGCCAGAUCUUCCCGAAUCCUUAUAGUGCUGCUGCCCUUGAGAUGGCCCGCGCGAACAAGAUGGAUUCCUUCUGGCCGUGGGUGCUCGCUGGCGUCAGCUUCCCUGUCAUGGCCAUGAAGCAGUUCAUCAACAUUGUGCAGAUCGUGAAGGCAAGCAAGUGGCUUGCAGAGGGCGAUAUUGCCAUGCGAAGAGAAAAGGGCCUUCCUAGAAAGGUGAAGAGCACCUAG